CCCACCUAUCUGUUUGAUUUUCCAUCACAAUCCUUUCUUCUUCUUCUCCACACUGUCACUGUAUUUUCUGUUCUCCUGUAUUAAAGAGAGAAAAAGACCCAAACCCUUCAAUUUACAGUCAAUUUGAAUGGUUCAUUGAGAUUUGAGGGUUUCUUUCACGUUUUUUUUGAAUCAGUCUAUAAAACUAUAGUUCUGAGAAACCUAAGAAAUACUCUCUCUUUGUUUUGUUUGUCUGCAAGUGGAUCCUUCUGCUGAUUCGAAGCGGAGUCUGCUUUAUGAACUCCUCAUUCAUGCUCUGUUUAGUGUCUUAAGCUGUACAUUACAUUUUCGGGCGAAUUAGUUAGAUAAUCGAAUGCUAAUGGGCCUGCGGUUUUUAUCGAUCUCGGAGUCGAUCGGUGAAUCGCCGGCGAUUUGAUGGAAAGGAAAGGGUUAGUGUCAGAGUAUUUCGACAUUUCAUGGAGGUUACACUUCGGCGCCGUAAUUCAUGUGCCAUUCGGACGAUCCGCAGUGAUUUCGGAUUUGCUGUAGUUGUUCUCGAGAUUGCACUGGUAUUGUUGUGCUGCAAUGCAAGAAUUCAAGAGUACUUUCCGCAGUGGGAAGUCCCUGAAAAGGGAAGUGAACACAUUGUGUCACAUUCAUGCAUCCAUGAUCAGAUAGUUGAACAGUGGAGGCGACCUGGUUACAAGGUGCAUUCUGUUACCCCGCAAGUUUAUGAGAGGUCUAUUUCAGAACCACUUCACCGAAAAGGAAGGGCACUGCUUGGGGUGCCUAAAAUUCCAGUGAAGCAAAAGGAUGUAAAGCAGCCUAUCAGAAUAUACUUAAAUUAUGAUGCAGUAGGCCAUUCGCCUGACAGAGAUUGUAGAAAAGUCGGUGAUAUUGUAAAGCUUGGAGAGCCUCCUCAAAUUUCUGUGCCUGGCGUUCCUUCUUGCAAUCCUCAUGGUGAUCCUCCAAUUCUUAGUGACUGCUGGUACAAUUGCACUCUAGAUGAUAUAUCUGGGGAAGAUAAAAGACAGCGCCUUCGCAAGGCUCUGGGGCAAACAGCAGACUGGUUUCGGAGAGCUUUAGCUGUUGAGCCGGUUAAAGGGAACCUGCGGUUAAGUGGCUAUUCUGCUUGUGGUCAAGAUGGAGGUGUGCAACUUCCACGUGAAUAUGUUGAAGAGGGUAUUACUGCUGCAGAUUUAGUGCUGUUGGUGACUACAAGACCUACCACAGGGAACACUCUUGCUUGGGCAGUGGCCUGUGAACGUGAUCAAUGGGGCCGGGCAAUUGCUGGACAUGUUAAUGUUGCUCCUCGCCAUUUGACGGCUGAAGCAGAGACUUUACUUUCAGCUACUCUCAUUCAUGAGGUUAUGCAUGUUCUUGGUUUUGAUCCCCAUGCCUUUGCCCAUUUUAGAGAUGAGAGAAAAAGAAGGCGUAGUCAGGUGACUGAACAAGAUAUGGAUGAAAAGCUUGGCCGGAUGGUUACUCGCGUGGUCCUUCCCCGUGUCAUUAUGCACUCUCGACAUCAUUAUGGGGCAUUUGCGGACAAUUUUACUGGUUUAGAGUUGGAAGAUGGUGGAGGUCGUGGCACAUCAGGUUCUCAUUGGGAAAAAAGGCUUCUGAUGAAUGAGAUCAUGACGGGGUCAGUGGAUACCCGAUCAGUAGUUUCCAAAAUGACCUUGGCUUUGUUGGAGGAUAGUGGAUGGUACCAAGCAAACUAUAGCAUGGCCGACCAUCUUGAUUGGGGUCGCAACCAAGGAACUGACUUUGUCACCUCUCCUUGCAAUCUAUGGAAGGGGGCAUACCAUUGUAACACAACCCAAUUGUCAGGUUGUACAUAUAACAGAGAGGCAGAGGGUUACUGCCCUAUUGUAAGUUACAGUGGGGAUCUCCCUCAGUGGGCACGUUAUUUCCCACAGGCUAAUAAAGGGGGACAAUCCUCAUUGGCUGAUUAUUGUACGUACUUUGUUGCCUACUCUGAUGGGUCUUGCACGGACACUAACAGUGCACGGGCACCUGACAGAAUGUUGGGUGAAGUUCGUGGGAGCAACUCCAGGUGUAUGGCCUCAUCAUUGGUACGUACUGGGUUUGUACGCGGCUCUAUGACCCAAGGAAAUGGUUGUUAUCAGCACCGAUGUUUAAAUAACGCAUUGGAGGUUGCUGUGGAUGGUAUUUGGAAAGUAUGUCCUGAAGUUGGGGGGCCUGUUCAGUUCCCUGGAUUUAAUGGUGAACUCAUAUGCCCUGCAUACCAUGAACUCUGUAGCACAAGCCCUGUUUCUGUGUCUGGGCGAUGCCUUAACUCAUGUAAUUUCAAUGGGGACUGUGUUAAUGGAAGGUGUCAUUGCUUUAUAGGGUUUCAUGGAUAUGAUUGUAGUAAACGAUCUUGCCCUGGAGACUGUAACAGGCAUGGAAAAUGCCUUCCAAAUGGGAUUUGUGAAUGUGGUAAUGGGUAUGCCGGCGUUGAUUGCUCGACAGCUGUUUGCGACGAGCAAUGCAGUCUUCAUGGAGGGGUCUGUGACAAUGGAGUUUGCGAAUUCCGAUGCUCAGACUAUGCUGGUUAUACAUGUCAAAACAGUUCCAUGCUUAUUUCUAGCCUUUCAAUUUGUAAAAAUGUGUUGGAGCGUGAUAUAUCUGGGCAACACUGUGCACCUAGUGAACCAAGUAUACUUCAGCAGCUAGAAGAAGUUGUUGUCAUGCCCAACUACCAUCGUUUGUUCCCAGGGGGCGCUCAGAAAUUAUUUAACAUCCUUGGUGGCAGCAACUAUUGUGACACUGCUGCUAAAAGACUGGCUUGUUGGAUCUCUAUACAGAAGUGUGACAAUGAUGGCGAUGACAGGCUUCGAGUAUGCCAUUCAGCAUGUCAAUCGUAUAAUUUAGCUUGUGGAGCCUCGCUCGACUGCUCAGACCAAACCCUUUUCAGCAGUGAGGAGGAAGGCGAAGGUCAAUGCACAGGCUCCGGUGAGAUAAAAUUAUCAUGGUUUAAUCGCUGGCGUAGUUUAUUCUCAGGCAAUGAUUCCACCAUAGGAACAUCUGUACAAUAUAGGCAGCUCUAGUUUUUCUUUUUAACUUUUUUCUGCCCCCUUAAUUUUGUCGUGUAAUUUCUGUAGGCCUUGAUUGUAGAAAAUUAAGAUGUGGCACGUAAAGUAUGUGCCCUAGAUGUAGGGUUUGCGCGUGUUCAGCCCGAGAAUGCUGGGUGGAAUUGGCUUUCGAAGAAAGCCCGCUUGUAGAGAAAUUUGAAGUGUACUUGAAAAAAAAGAAGAAAAUCAAAGAAAAAAUUGUUGAUAUGAGUGAUUAGAGCGAGGUUCGACCGUAUGCAUCUUAAGAAAAAUCCUUAUGUAAAUGUAUUCUUCUUAAUUGUUAAUCUCUUCUUCCUGAUCGAUGUUAGAUA